AGGAUUUGUUGGUAGGUUGAAAUGGCGGGACACAGAGUUGCGCAUGCCACACUGAAAGGCCCGAGUGUGGUGAAGGAGCUAGUUAUCGGUUUGGCACUCGGUUUAGCUGCUGGUGGUCUUUGGAAGAUGCAUCAUUGGAACGAGCAGAGGAAGACCAGAGCUUUCUAUGACUUGCUUGAGAGGGGUGAGAUCAGCGUUGUCCACCCUGAAGAGUAAUGAAUUCAACAACUACCACCUCUCAAAUGUUGUCGGUCUUUAUUUUUAUGUUAUUAUAUGGUUUCUUGACAUCUUACGAAAUAAACAACAAAUCUGAGACCGGAUUUUUGGGGAUUUGUUAAAUUGUUUUUCCGGAAGAUACAUGUAUGCUACUGUGCUCCAUUGUUCAAUUUCAGACAGCUUUCUUGACUUUUCUUUAAAUAAACAGGUGCUUUUAUUUUUCCUCCA